GGUAAAAACAAAUGGAAUCGUAUAUCCGUAUGUCGGCUGCGAUUAGGUUUUGUGAAUGACGUGGACGUGACGGGUUUGUGUUGUAUUGUAGGUGUAAUAGAAAUACGUUAUAAAGUAUUCAGGUACCAGUAGCUGUCAAUAUGUUUGAAAAUAUCUUUGAUGAUGUGCAGCGGAUGAACAAACGCCAGUUCCUGUAUCAGGUUCUGAGCUUUGGAAUGAUAGUUUCAUCAGCAUUAAUGAUAUGGAAGGGCCUUAUGGUUGUAACAGGAAGUGAAAGCCCAAUUGUUGUUGUACUAAGUGGGAGUAUGGAACCAGCAUUUCAUCGUGGAGAUUUGCUGUUUCUAACAAACUAUAAAGAGGAGCCAAUAAGGGUUGGUGAGAUUGUCGUGUUCAAAGUGGAAGGACGAGACAUCCCUAUUGUACAUCGAGUCCUCAAACUCCAUGAAAAGGAGACCGGAGCAGUAAAGUUCCUGACCAAGGGCGACAACAACAGUGUUGAUGAUCGGGGACUGUAUGCCCCUGGACAGCUGUGGCUCACCAAGAAGGAUGUCGUGGGACGUGCAAGAGGGUUCCUACCUUAUGUUGGUAUGGUCACCAUCUACAUGAAUGAAUACCCCAAAUUUAAAUAUGCCGUUCUGGCUUGCCUUGGAAUGUAUGUGUUGGUGCAUCGAGAAUAGUAGUAUGUGUGUGCGCGCGUGUGUGCAAGACGUCUUCAGCAUCUUCAUUCCGAGAAGUGUCUACCAGAAGAAAACGUUUCUCAUUUUGUUACACAAAGACGUGUGUAGUCUCUCAGCACAUCUUCUAAAGAGAACUGGUUGUAUUUAUCUGUGGAAUCUGCCCUGCUCCCUCCACUAUAAGUGAGAGAUGCCGCAAGUUACUUAUUUUCUGUUGUGAAUGUACGUAGUUGUUUUGGUAUGAUGACAAAAUCAGUACAAAAUGUUUUCUGAUUUUUUUUUUUCUUUGGCACCCAAAUGUUCAUUACAUUAAAUCUGAAUCAGAUUCUUCACAAUAUCUUCGUUGUGGAUUAGACAUUUGUAAUUAUGUCA